AUGGCGUCAUUCAAUCAAAGUGCAUCCGAACUACCAACGCUAAAUGGGAACAUGUCUGAUACGCUUGCAGAUGGCACUUUCUGCAGCGCCGAAUGGGAUGAUCUGUGGACCACAUACACACAACACGUUCACUAUCCCCUCCGUACGUUCAUUUGCAUUGUGGGCUGUGUAACAAACGUCGUAAAUUUGUUCAUUUUUACAAGAUCCGAGAUGCUGAACCCAACAAAUUUACUGCUUUCCGUCCUGGCAGCUGUUGACUUCCUUUGCGUUUUUCGGAAAGCUGUUGACCUGUUGUGGAAAUUUCAACGGCAAUGUUGGAUCAAAAAUGAGGGAUCGAAUGUAGAAGAUUGGAUUAAUGAAAUUUGUUUUUACCUGUUUCACACCUGGUCGAUUUAUAUGACAGUUGCGGUGGCUCUCUGGCGAUUAGUCGGUAUUCUCAGACCGGUGCAAAGUCGUUAUUGGCUUUCCUACAAAAAGGCUGCAAUUGUCACUGCGAUUUUUAUUGGCUUUGCAACACUGCUCGUUCCUCUAGUAUUCGCUGCAUCAACCGUUGAGCAGUACUAUAUGAAGCGAGAUCCAGCGUUUGACGGCCAUCAGUUAAAAAGUGAUAAAAAUUGUGGAAAUGAUCCAAAUAGUGUAUUGACACAGACGGAUUUUGGUGGAAAGUGGCAAUUGUGGAUUCUAAUCUCAUAUGCAUUCUAUCCGGUGGAGCGGCAGCAGCUCCACCUGUUAUCAUUUCUCUGUGCAGAUAUUGACAGUGACAAACGUUUCUUUUUCAUGUCUUUCAUAUGCAGGUUGCUGAUAAAGCUGAUUCCAUGUUUGGUGCUGUUGGUUUGCACUAUUCUACUGGUAAUGUCGCUGAAAGUUGCAGCAAGAAACCGGUUGGCACUGUUUGAAGAUCAGAAAACUGAACCCCUCUCGUCAAGGCAAUCCAAGAAGUUUUACCACACAGGCAACAACAAUCCCCGUGGAGACGAGAUCAACGACUUUGGAGAACACACCACACUAAGGACUGCCACGUGUCGCACUAACACAAUCGCGUCAUGAGACAAGAGAGAAGAUUCGCUGCGCUCUGUAACAAGGGAAUUCCUAAGAACAACGAAAAUGUUGAUCAUUUUACUGAUUGUAUUUCUUGUGACCGAGCUACCGCCAGGCAUUUUCACCUUUUGUGUUGGUUUAGCGGGGUCAAACGAAUUCUUUGUGCAAUGUUACAUGCCGAUAAAGUCGUUCCUUCAUACAAACGAGUAUAUAAGCAGCUCGGUUGGGUUUUUCAUUUAUAUGAACAUGAGCACAAAGUUCAGGCAAACGUUUUGCGAGCAAUUUAGGAUCGGAAACAGGACAAGACAACGAACAGUUGAAAUUGCGCUGUCUUCGGCUUCUGUUUAG